GGGAGCACUCAAAAAUUUUAUUACCAAAACCCAAGAACACGCGUCCCCUCUGUCCUCGAGCCACCUCGGAAACGCAUCGGGCCAUCAAUCACUCGUAUCUCGUCCCCUGGAUUCACUCGUCGCCGUCGGUACACCGAAUCCUCUGACUCCGUUCACAGCCCACGUUCUUGCUUUCCCGUUCCGACCACGUCUCUCCGUCGCUUUCCUUCCCAUCGCGAUCCAAAAAACAGAGUGCUCUGGACUCCAGCGGAGGCACAUUCUCGAACACACUGAGGAGGACAAGUUCGCGGGGGCCACGAUGAACGUGGGGAACGAGAAGAUUUGGAGGGGCUCGAGCUACGACUUCUGGAAAGACGAGGAAGUCGGCGGCAGCGGCGGCGGCGGCGCGAGCGGUGCCGGGCCUAGAGUUAGUGACGGCGACGAGUUCGACUUCCGGAAGGGCGGAGAGAAGGGGUCGGGGUCGGAAGAUCCGCCGUCGAAGCUGAUCGGCCAGUUCCUGCACAAGCAACGAGCCUCCGGGGACUUCACGCUCGACAUCGAUCUGGAGAUGCAGGAGCUCAAGCAAGACGAGGACAAUGACGACGGCGACACCUUCGCGCCGCUGCCACCUUUGGAGGAGUCGCCGAUGAAGAGCCGGAACAAGGUGUCCUUCGGCGAGCCCGGCUCCAGCGAGGGCAGGACCGCCAGGGUUUCGGUGGAGAGUCAGCAGCGGCAGCAGGACGAGGGGAGCGAAGACGGGCCAGUCUUGAGGUGCACGUCGAACUCGUCGUUUCAAAGCAACAGCUCUUUCAAGAGGAAGUCGCGGCUCCUGACGGGGGCGGUGAAAAACAAGUCGAGGCUCUUGGACCCGCCGGAUCAUGCGGACAGGAGAUCGGGUCGGGUCUCGAAAUUGGGGACGCCCAAAGGGACGCCGAAACGCGGUGGGGAUGAGGACGAGGAGGACCCUUUCGCGGGGGAGGACUUGCCGGACCAGUACAAGAAGGGCAGACUCGAGCUGGUGGUCUUGCUUGAGUGGGUGAGUUUGGUCUUGAUAGUAGCUGCACUAGUAUGUAGUCUCACCAUUCCUUAUCUUAGGAAGAAGAAGCUGUGGGAUCUCAUGCUGUGGAAGUGGGAGGUAAUGGUGCUGGUGUUGAUAUGUGGGAGGUUGGUCUCUAGUUGGGGGAUCAGGAUUGCUGUGUUCUUUAUUGAGAGAAACUUUGUUCUGAGGAAGAGGGUUCUGUAUUUUGUUUAUGGGUUGAGGAAAGCAGUGCAGAAUUGUCUGUGGUUAGGGCUGGUCUUGUUGGCAUGGCACUUCUUGUUUGAUAAAAAGGUUCAGAGAGAGACAAAUAGCGAGGCCCUUCAGGUGGUGACCAAGAUCCUGGUGUGUCUCUUAGUUGGCACACUACUUUGGCUUGUGAAGACUCUUAUAGUCAAGGUCUUGGCAUCUUCCUUCCACGUGAGCACCUACUUUGAUAGGAUCCAAGAGUCUCUGUUCAAUCAGUAUGUGAUCGAGACGCUUUCAGGCCCACCGUUAAUCGAGAUGAGGAAAGCGGAGGAAGAGGAGGAGAAGAUUGCAGUGGAAGUCGAGAAGCUGAAAAAGGCGGGGGCUGUGAUACCUCCUGACCUCAAUGCGGCUGUAUUGCCAGCAAAAGGUAGUGGGAGAGUGAUAGGGAGCGGGAUAGUGCAGAAGAGUCCUAGAGGAAAGGACAAGGGGGAGGAGGGGAUCACAAUCGAUCACUUGCAUAAAUUGAGCCCAAAGAAUGUAUCUGCCUGGAAUAUGAAGAGGCUGAUGAAUUUGGUACGGUAUGGGAAUCUCACGACACUGGAUGAGCAGUUAUCAAGUCAUGAAGAUGAAUCUUCGAAUCAAAUAAACAGUGAAGGUGAGGCGAGAGCAGCAGCAAAGAAAAUUUUCCAGAAUGUAGCUCGGCAGGGAUCCAAGCACAUAUACCUAGAGGACUUGAUGAGGUUUAUGCCUGAAGAUGAGGCUGUAAAGACAAUGAGUCUAUUUGAAGGAGCAUCCGAGAGCCAGAAAAUUAGCAAAUCAUCCUUAAAAAACUGGGUGGUUAAUGCUUUUAGAGAACGAAGAGCACUAGCUUUGACGCUGGAUGAUACUAAGACAGCUGUGAACAAGCUCCAUCGGAUGGUGAACAUUCUAGUUGGCAUCCUCAUAGUCGUUAUAUGGCUCCUCAUAUUAGGAAUUGCCACGAAAAAGUUUCUGCUUCUCAUAAGCUCCCAAUUGUUACUUGUGGUAUUCAUAUUUGGAAACUCCUGCAAGAUGACAUUUGAAGCGAUUAUUUUCUUGUUUGUGAUGCAUCCAUUUGACGUCGGCGAUCGUUGUGAAAUCGAUGGGGUCCAGAUGGUGGUGGAAGAGAUGAACAUCUUAACGACUAUUUUUCUGAGAUAUGACAACCAGAAAAUAAUAAUUCCGAAUAGCCUUCUUGCUACUAAGGCCAUCAGUAACUACUAUCGAAGUCCUGAUAUGGGGGAUGCAGUUGAAUUCUGUGUGCACAUAUCUACACCAACUGAGAAGAUUGCCGUGAUGAAACAAAGAAUAACAAGUUACAUUGAGAACAAGAAUGACCACUGGUACCCUGCACCAAUGAUAAUAUUCAAGGAUGUGGAAGAAUUGAACAAGCUAAGAAUAGCAGUUUGGUUGACACAUAGGAUGAACCAUCAGGACAUGGGUGAGAAAUGGGUGAGAAGAGCCCUCCUGGUGGAGGAGAUGGUCAAGAUUUUCAAGGAGCUGGACAUCCAAUACCGAUUACUACCCCUCGACAUCAACAUCCGUGCUAUGCCUCUAGUGACCUCAACCGGCCCUCCUCCUACAUGGGCUGCACCUUCUAGCUGAGAACAUGCAAGUGUAAGGGGUUUGUUUUAGUAGAAUGGAAGAUACAAUUAUAAAAUAGAGUGAUCAUAUAUUUUACGAUGCCCAGGUGCCAGAGCAAUUUUUAUAGAAUUAGCUUUGAAUGGGAUUGGGUGUUUCGACUAUCUUGGCUAGUCUAACUCCUUUUAGUUGAGGUACAAAUGAACUGGAGUACUAGCUUUCACGGCUGAUUAAUCGCUCAA